GGAGGCCGAGCCCGGGCGGAGGACGCGGCGGCGGCGGCCGGGGGCGCGGGCCGCGGACCUGUCGUCCCCGGCGUUCUCCCGGCCCGGCCGGCGGGGAGGAGGCUGCCGGGACCAUGUCGGCGGGCGGCCGCGACGAGGAGCGGCGGAAGCUGGCCGACAUCAUCCACCACUGGAACGCCAACCGGCUGGACCUGUUCGAGAUCAGCCAGCCGACCGAGGAUUUGGAGUUCCAUGGAGUGAUGAGGUUUUAUUUUCAAGAUAAAGCUGCUGGAAACUUUGCUACAAAAUGUAUUCGGGUCUCCAGCACUGCGACCACCCAGGACGUGAUUGAGACACUGGCAGAGAAAUUUCGACCUGACAUGCGCAUGCUGUCCUCUCCGAAAUACUCCCUCUAUGAGGUGCAUGUCAGUGGAGAAAGAAGACUGGACAUAGACGAGAAGCCUUUGGUCGUGCAGCUGAACUGGAACAAAGAUGACCGGGAGGGCAGGUUUGUCCUGAAGAAUGAGAACGAUGCAGCUGCUCCCAAGAAGGUUCAGAGCAACGGGCCUGAGAAGCAGGAGAAGGAAGGUGUGAUCCAGAACUUCAAGAGGACGUUGUCAAAGAAAGAGAAGAAGGAAAAGAAGAAGAGAGAGAAAGAGGCCCUGAGACAGGCGUCCGAGAAGGAGGACAGGCCCCUCGCAGGGGAUGACAUUGAGAAUUCCCGGCUGGCUGCCGAGGUGUACAAGGACAUGCCUGAGACCAGCUUCACGCGGACCAUCUCCAACCCCGAGGUGGUGAUGCGGCGGCGGAGGCAGCAGAAGUUGGAGAAGAGGAUGCAGGAGUUCCGGAGCUCAGACGGGCGGCCUGAUUCAGGUGGAACGUUGAGAAUUUAUGCAGACAGUUUAAAGCCGAACAUCCCCUACAAGACAAUCCUGCUGUCCACCACGGACCCUGCAGAUUUUGCUGUGGCCGAGGCGCUGGAGAAGUACGGCCUGGAGAAGGAGAACCCCAGGGACUACUGCCUUGCUCAGGUUCUGCUUCCUCCGGGAGCCCAGCAUUCUGAUGACAGAGGUGCCCAGGAACUGGUUCUGGAGGACGAUGAGUGCCCGCUGCAGAUCUUCAGGGAGUGGCCUGCUGACAAAGGGAUACUGGUGUUCCAGCUGAAGAGGAGGCCGCCGGACUCGGCCCCCGCCAAGGUGAAGAAGCACGGUGAGGGGAAGCUGCUGCGGGGCAGGGAGCGGGCCGAGGGCCCCGGCACUGGCUCUGCCCUUCCGCCCGAGAAGCUGCCCUACCUGGUGGAGCUGAGCCCAGGGAGAAGGAAUCACUUUGCCUGCUCCAGCUAUCACACUGGUGAAGAUGGUUCUGACUCCAGGGACAAGCCGAAGCUCUACCGCCUGCAGCUGAGUGUGACGGAGGUGGGCACAGAGAAGUUUGACGACAACUCCAUCCAGUUGUUUGGCCCGGGGAUUCAGCCCCAUCACUGCGACCUCACGCACAUGGACGGCGUGGUCACCGUGACACCCAGGAGUAUGGACGCCGAGACCUUCGUGGACGGCCAGCGCAUCUCCGAGACCACCAUGCUGCAGAGUGGUGUCAAAGUACAGUUUGGGGCGUCCCAUGUGUUCAAGUUUGUGGACCCCAGCCAGGACCACAUGCUCGCCAAGAGAUCCGUGGACGGAGGCCUGAUGAUGAAGGGUACCAGGCACAAGGCGGGCCUGGUUCAGGAGACAACUUUUGAUUUAGGAGGAGAUGUGCACAGUGGGACAGCGCUGCCAACCAGCAAGAGCAGCGCCCGACUGGAUGGGGAGCGAGCCCAUUCUGCCUCUGGUGCCGUGGAGCGAGGCAUGGUGCGGCCCAUGGUGAGGGCGGCGCAGCCCGCGGACCCCGGCCGACGAGAAGGCAGGUCUCAGGAUGCCUCUGGGCCCGAGCUGGUGCUGCCUGCAAGCAUCGAGUUCAGGGAGAGCUCUGAAGAUUCAUUUUUAUCGGCCAUUAUCAAUUAUACCAAUAGUUCAACUGUCCAUUUUAAACUGUCCCCUACUUACGUCUUGUACCUGGCCUGCCGGUAUGUGUUGUCCAAUCAGUACCGGCCUGACGCCAGCCCUGCUGAGCGCACGCACAAGGUCAUCGCAAUCGUCAACAAGAUGGUGAGCAUGAUGGAAGGAGUCAUUCAGGAGGUAGACCAGGUGGACCAGAAGCAGAAGAACAUCGCGGGCGCGCUGGCCUUCUGGAUGGCGAACGCAUCGGAGCUGCUCAACUUCGUCAAGCAGGACCGAGACCUGAGCCGCGUGACCCUGGAUGCGCAGGACGUGCUCGCACACCUGGUGCAGAUGGCGUUCAAGUACCUGGUUCACUGCCUGCAGUCGGAGCUCAGCAGCUUCAUGCCGGCCUUCCUGGAUGACCCCGAGGAGAAGAGUCUGCAGAGACCAAAGAUAGACGACGUGCUGCACACGCUCACGGGGGCCAUGUCCUUGCUGCGCCGCUGCCGGGUCAACGCCGCCCUCACCAUCCAGCUCUUCUCCCAGCUCUUCCACUUCAUCAACAUGUGGCUCUUCAACAGGCUGGUGACGGACCCCGACUCUGGGCUCUGCUCCCACUACUGGGGAGCGAUCAUCCGCCAGCAGCUGGGCCACAUCGAAGCCUGGGCCGAGAAGCAGGGACUCGAGCUGGCCGCCGACUGCCACCUGAGCAGGAUCGUGCAGGCUACCACUUUACUCACCAUGGAUAAAUACGCCCCGGAGGACGUCCCCCAUGUUAACAGCACCUGCUUCAAGUUAAACUCCCUGCAGCUGCACGCCCUGCUGCAGAACUACCACUGUGCGCCCGACGAGCCGUUCAUCCCUGCGGAGCUGAUAGAAAACGUGGUGGCUGUCGCCGAGAACACCGCCGAUGAGCUGGCCCGCAGCGACGGGCGGGACGUGCAGCUAGAGGAGGACCCCGACCUGCAACUGCCCUUCCUGUUGCCAGAGGACGGCUAUUCCUGUGAUGUGGUCAGGAACAUUCCCAGUGGCCUCCAGGAGUUCUUAGAGCCCCUGUGCCAGAGAGGAUUUUGCAGGUUAAUCCCACACGCGCGGUCCCCGGGCACUUGGACAAUCCACUUUGAAGGUGCCGAUUAUGAAGACCAGCUUGUGCGGGAGAACACAGAACUGGCCCAGCCUCUGCGGAAGGAGCCCGAGAUCAUCACCGUGACCUUGAAGAAGCAGAAUGGAAUGGGCCUCAGCAUUGUGGCAGCAAAGGGGGCCGGCCAGGAUAAGCUGGGCAUCUACGUGAAGUCUGUCGUGCGAGGAGGCGCUGCCGACGUGGAUGGACGGCUGGCCGCAGGGGAUCAGCUGCUGAGUGUGGACGGCCGGAGUCUGGUGGGACUCUCUCAGGAAAGGGCUGCAGAACUCAUGACAAGGACGAGUUCCGUGGUGACGCUCGAAGUGGCAAAGCAAGGCGCCAUCUACCACGGGCUGGCCACACUCCUCAAUCAGCCCUCCCCCAUGAUGCAGAGAAUUUCAGAUCGCCGUGGCUCAGGUAAACCUCGGCCGAAGAGUGAGGGUUUUGAGCUGUAUAACAGUUCUGCUCAAAACGGGUCACCUGGAAGUCCCCAGAUGCCCUGGGCGGAACCCAGCGAGCCGAAGAAAAUGCCCGGUGAUGACAGAUUGACGAAAAACCGCGCCGAUCACCGCUCCAGCCCCAAUGUUGCAAAUCAGCCCCCCAGCCCCGGAGGGAAGGGCGCCUAUGCCUCUGGAGCUGCAGCUAAGAUAACGUCCGUCUCCACGGGGAACCUCUGUACCGAGGAGCAGCCACCUGCACCCCGACCUGAAGCUUACCCCAUCCCCACUCAGACCUACACCCGGGAGUACUUCACCUUCCCGGCCUCCAAGUCGCAGGACCGGAUGGCGGCUCCUCCGAGCCAGUGGCCAGGCUAUGAGGACAAGCCGCACGUCCACAUGGACAGCAGCCACGUGAGCCUCGCGGUGCAGCGCGUUACACGUUCCCAGGAGGAGCUGAGGGAGGACAGGGCCUUCCAGCUUGAGCGACACCGCAUGGAGUCCGUUAUGGACCGCAAGGCCGACAGCGAUAUGUGGUUAAACCAGAGCUCCUCCGUGGAGUCCAGCACCUCCAGCCAGGAGCACCUGAACCAUUCCUCCAAGCCCGGGACUCCGGCCUCCACACUCACCAAAAGCGGGCCAGGCCGGUGGAAAACGCCCGCUGCCGUGCCCAUGCCAGCCGCCCCGGUGGCCGUCUCACAGCCCUUCCGAGCAGACCUGCCUCCGCCGCCCCCUCCACCUCCAGCCCACUAUGCCAGUGACUUGGAUGGAAUUCCUGUGGAUUUACCUCUGCCCCCACCUCCUUCUACCAGCCAGCCAGGACCGCAGUCUGCCCAGGUGGCCACUGCAGAGCGCAAGAAGAGGGAGGAGCAGCAGCGGUGGUACGAGAAGGAGAAGGCUCGCCUGGAGGAGGAACGUGAGCGGAAGCGCCGGGAGCAGGAGCGCAGGCUGGGCCAGAUGCGCACCCAGGCCCUGAACCCGGCCCCGUUCUCGCCUCUGCCCGCUCAGCAGGCGAAGCCCGAGAAACCCUCCACGCUCCAGAGGCCCCCCGAGACGGUCAUCCGGGAGCUGCAGCCGCAGCAGCAGCCGCGCACCAUUGAGCGCCGGGACCUGCAGUACAUCACCAUCAGCAAGGAGGAGCUGUCCUCUGGGGACAGUCUGUCUCCUGACCCCUGGAAGCGUGAUGCCAAGGAGAAGCUGGAGAAGCAGCAGCAGAUGCACAUCGUGGACAUGCUGAGCAAGGAGAUCCAGGAGCUGCAGGCCAGGCCCGACCGCACUGCCGAGGAGAACGACCGACUGCGCAAGCUCAUGCUGGAGUGGCAGUUCCAGAAGCGGCUGCAGGAGUCGAAGCAGAAGGACGAGGAGGACGAGGAGGAGGAGGAGGAGGACGUAGACACCAUGCUCAUCAUGCAGCGUCUGGAGGCCGAGCGCAGAGCCCGGUUGCAGGAUGAGGAGCGCAGGCGGCAGCAGCAGCUGGAGGAGAUGCAGAAGCGGGAAGCGGAGGACCGCGCCCGGCUGGAGGAGGAGCGGCGCCGCCAGGAGGAGGAGCGAGCCAAGCGAGACGCUGAAGAAAAGAGGCGUCAGGAAGAAGGCUACUACAGUCGCCUGGAAGCCGAGAGACGCAGACAGCACGAGGAGGCUGCGCGCAGGCUGCUGGAGCCCGAGGAACCAGGGCUCUGCCGCCCCCCGCUGCCCCGGGACUAUGAGCCCCAGGGCCCGGCCCCUGCCCCUGGCGCCCCGCCGCCCCCGCCCCAGCGGAACACCUCCUACCUCAAGACCCAGGCUCUGGCCCCGGACUCGCUGUUCACUGCCAAGUUUGUUGCCUACAGUGAGGAAGAGGAGGAGGCGGAGGAGGACUGCGGCCUAGCAGCACCAAACUCUUACGUGGGACCUACCGGGACGGGCAUUGGAGCCCACAGUGCUUACCAGGAUCCGCGAGAGAAACACUCGAAAAGCCACGACACGGAUCCACCCGGUGGCUCUGGAGCCCCUGAGAACUUGACAUUCAAGGAACGCCAGCGUCUCUUCUCGCAGGGUCAGGAUGUGUCCAAUAAAGUGAAAGCGUCUCGCAAAUUAACAGAACUGGAGAACGAACUGAACACCAAGUGAAGCCGGCUGCGGCCGUGCGGCUGUGCCCGGGUCUGUCGUGGGUCUGUGGUGGCUGUGACUUUGAAGGAGGGGGAGAUGUUGCUAGGUGGUGUGGGCAUCUGGAUCUGGAGCGGUGUGCUGAUUGUGGCUUUACCGAGAGAUGCUCGCUGCUGCGGCUGGAGCGGGCUCCCGUUCCUUCCUCUCUGUCUGAUGGGGAGAUGGGUGGGCUGGUUUUCUUUGGUGGAGUCUGACGUAGAGAGAGUACAGGAUGAGGUGGUCCCACCCACCCUCAUCACCCACCCUCAUCACCCCCUAAUCCUCCUCGUAGUGAGGGGCAUCGGCAGAGAAGUCCCGUUUUUACUUUCUUAAAAAUCCUUGUUGCCUCCCUGCUGAAUGGUUUGAGCUGCUGGAGUGCUGUUUGCACCGCUCGGUGCCUGCCUGCAGAACAUGCCUGCCGGCAGCUCCCCAGCAACGGCCAUGCUGCAGGCCCAGGGUCCUGUGACACCAGCGACUGCCCAUGCACCCUGAGCAGCUCUGAGUAUUUAAGAGAGGACACCUCCUAGCAGGAAGUUUGGGGACUUAACCCUAGGAUGUUUUGUUUUUAGAAAUACCCAGUAGUUACUAGGUUAAUCAAUCAUGGAUGAAUUUGGAUAUGACAGUUAGGUUAGAAAGUCAGCUGCUGUUUGGAUAUUCUGGGGGAUGCUGAAAAAGGCCCCUGAGACCAGGAACCAGGAAAGCUGGCGUGGGGGGUGGGGGGCCACGAUGACACUGGGCAGGCCUCUGGGGCCCCAGGGGCUCGUGUCCAUGGAGUGCUGUCAGGGAGAAGAGAGAUGGAGGGGCUGUGGUGUCUGGGUGUACAUGUCCUGAGAACAUAGAGCAGUUGAAGCCAUUUUUCGCCGUCUGGUAGUUAUUUAAUGUUACUGAUGACACUGUCACUGGUCCGGCUGCGGUGGGCGGACAAACCUCAGUGUGUGGAUGUUCCGUGCCGUGGUGGCCCAGGCAGAACGGCCUCGCUGUCCUGGCCAUUCCUGACGCCUUUGUUAGGGAAGGACACAGUCUGCGCUGCCUGUGAAGCCCCGGUGCAUGACACUGCGAGUGUAGACAGUUUACACGCCCCGCGGUUCCUGUUCUGAGUGUCAGGGAAGGGGCAGUGUGCCUGCUGUGCCAGGCCACGGCCCCACCAGCCUGAAGAUCGCCAGCCCAUGCUGCCUCAAGGCAAGCUGGUGCCGAGAUCACUGCUGUGUUCAUAUGUAGAAAGACACGUGAGAGUUGUGGAACACAUGUACAUACCCGCCUUGGGCACGCAUGUGGCUGAGAGCCCCACGGGAGGUGGGCACGGCCACCCUGUGGCUGUGGGGUCCAAUGUGAGUCUGUACAAGAGCUUCUUCUAAUGACCGGCUUUACUCUGCACACAUCCCAACUGCUGUGGCUUCCCGUUUCUACUGUAUCCCGGUUCAGCCUAUUUUUAAUAAACUUUGUUAUGUAUUUAA